AUGAAGAAGGACACACCGCCAUCGCCAGGGAGCAACCCGUCGCUGCUGCGGCGUCUCAGCAACCUCGUGUCUCCUGGCCAGCAGGCGCCUGCAUUUCAGCCAAGGACCAGAGGUGCACCCGAGCCAACGUCGACAUCGUCUGCAGCCCCUUUCAAAGAUGAUGGCACCGUCAAGGCACUCUGGCUCGACUGCGAUCCAGGACACGACGACGCGAUAGCCUUGCUCAUGGCGGUCCACCAUCCUGGCUUGGAGCUGUUGGGAGUCUCGACGGUAGCGGGCAACGCAGGUGGUCGCGAUACGUUUCUCAACGCUGUCCGGCUCAUGGCGCUCUACCGAUCCGACCCUUCCAUCCCGGUCAUCCGCGGCUCGGACUGUCCGCUAGUCAAAGAAGUCAAGAUUGACGUCGGCAUCCAUGGUCAAGGAGGUCUUGGCGGUGUGCAAGGUCUGCCUUCCCUCUCAUCGCCUCUGUGCCAACCGUGGCUGCAUCCUGCCCACCCCAAGACGAGCUCCCCCACCACAGGUCCCGAACCUUCGCUCUUUCUAUACACGCUCUCAACCAUAAUCACUGAGCGGCUCAACACGGGCAAGCCGCCCAUCCACCUCGCCGUCACCGGUCCGAUGACCAACGUGGCGCUCUUCAUCCGAUGCUACCCUCACCUCGUCAAGGGGAUCGAGCAGAUCGUGUUGAUGGGCGGCGCUGCUGGCGUGAGGGGCAACAGAGGACCCCUAGCCGAAUUCAACAUCCUCAACGACCCCGAAGCCGCUGCGAUCUGCUUCAAUACAGACAUCAAGGUCGUCAUGGCCGGCCUCAACGUGACGCACCAAGCCAUCUUCACUGCCGAAUUGCACGAUCGUCUGCUCUCCGGCAAGCCACAUGAGCCUCAGCCAUCAUCCCAAGCCGGACCGAGCGAUCUGAAGCGUAUGCUCAGCUCGACCCUUACGUUCUUUGCCAAGACCUACGCCUCCGAGUUUGGGUUCACCCGCGGCCCACCGGUGCACGACAUGCUGGCCAUCGCAUACAUUAUCGAUCCGACGCUCUUCUACCGCCGCGUGCCGUCGCCUGGCGACGCCCCCAACGCGGGCAUGUUCGACGCCGAUCCACACAGCAACAAGGACGCGCACGUGCCCAAGUCGCGCAGCGGUCAAGGGAUCAACUCGUUGGGUCUCGACAAUGUCGACGCUCGUGGGAGCGACGAUGCGGAUCCAGCAGUCGUGGGCACCGCGCCAAAGCGAUAUCGUGUCGAAGUGGAGUGUAGCGAUGGUCUCGCAUGCGGUGCGACGGUGGUCGACUUCUGGGGCGACCGCGUGGAGCACGAGGGAUGGGGCAAGGGCGGUAAGAACGUAGAAGUGCUUGAGAAUCUUGACUGCCCUAGGAUGUGGGACAUCUUCUUCGAGGUGGUGGAACGGGCAGAAGCAAACCUUGCGAGUAGUGCGCAGGUGCGGGAGCCUUUGGGUGCGGGGCACGACGGCAUCGACGGCCGCUCUGGCCCUAGCUCCCCGACCAGAGCGUUCGCUUCUUCGCGCCGUGACACAGACCCAUCCACUGAUGCGACGUAG